AUGAGUGUGCGCAAGGCCCAUAACUCCGGCCGCAACCACCUCCGAAACGUGGUGGAGUACUACCAGCAAAUCGGUCAAGAGAAAGCCCAGUCGGUCAUCGAUUCUAUCACCUCUUCUUACGCCGCCGAGGGCCAGCCUCUCCCCAAUCCCGCCAUGGUGCCUGGCGCAUUCCCUCCUCCCUUUGGCUUCCCUGGUCUUCCAGGACAAGGCCCACCCCCGCCCUUCGGUCUCCACGGCCUUCCACCCCCCGGAGCUCCAGGCGCCCCAGGAAUGUUGCCUCCCCCCGGCGGUCUCCCGUUCCCGCCUCCCUUCCCGCACGGCAACGCUACCGGUACUCCUCCCCAAGGAGGCUUCCCUCCUCCGUUGCCCAACAUGCCCGGAGGCGCAAAUCUUCCCCCCUCCUCCCGGUGGCUUCCCGCCAAACUUCCCGAUCCCCCCGCCCGGCAUGGCGGGAGGCGCCUUCCCUCCCCCGAUGCCUGGCCACGCCGGUGCGUCGAACUCGCCUAUUCCCACCGGGCCCCGUGGUUCAGAAGGGUACGCUCCGCCUCCCGGUCGGGGAGACAGGUGGUGAUUCCCCAAUCGGUGCGGUGUUAUGCUCUUAACUUUUUCUUUACGGUUCCCUAUAUCGACGUCCUCUCAUAUCGGUUGAGAUCUCCAACCUACUCAUGA